AUGUUCCUCCAUAUUGUUCGUCAUAACCAGAGGUUCAGGGUUGUACACAACACCUUCAGAAGAUCAAUGGAGACCAUCUCCAGGUACUUCAAGCAAGUGUUAUAUGUUGUUGGGGAGCUCAGAGGAGAGAUGAUUAGGUCACCAACCGACCGGACUCCUACCAAGAUUCACACUAGCCCAAGAUGGUAUCCAUACUUCAAGCCAUACUUCAAGAGUGCUGAGGUCACAAGCUGCAGCAUAUAUAGAGGGAGGAAGCACUACACAAGCCAGAAUGUGCUUGCUGCUGUUGACUUCGAUUUGAAUUUCACAUAUGUGCUGGCUGGCUGGGAAGGAUCGGCACAUGAUGCUAACAUUGUCAAUGACAUCAUGAGUCGUCGUGGUGGCAUCAACAUCCCUGAUGGCAAGUUCUACCUAGAAUAUGUUGGCUAUGCAUGUCGACCAGCUGUUCUUCCACCCUUCAGGAAAAUCAGGCACCAUCUGAAUGAUUUCCCUCAUAGGAACUAUCCUGGAACUCCCCAGGAACUGUUCAAUCUCAAACACUCCAGCCUUAGAGUAACGGUUGAGAGGGAAUUUGGAGCUCUGAAGAAUAGUUAUAGGAUCCUGGAUCAGAAGCCAUUCCACCCUUACCCUACAAAGGUCAAGCUUGUUCUUGCAUGUUGCAUCAUUCAUAACUGGACCCUGCAAUGGGGAAUUGAUGAACUUGUACUGGAGGAGGAAGAUAUGACUCCUGAUGAGGUGAUUAGCUCCGGCCAUGGUGUGGAGACGGUCGACAACAAAGCGUGGAAGAACAAAAGGUUGGAGUGGGCUCAGAUAAUAUGGGAUAAUAGAGGUCAGACAAGGAUCUGA